AUGACGUCGAAUGCUACGGAGAGCUACUGCAACGGAGGAGACUUGGCAGAUUAUCUACACGCCAAGGGGACCCUGAGUGAGGACACGAUAAGGUACUUCCUCCGACAGCUGGCGGAGUCCAUGCGUGCACUGUUCGGCAAGGGGAUCGUGCACCGAGACCUGAAGCCGCAGAACAUCCUCUUGGCCCACGCCGGCAAGCCCAACCCAGCGCCGCACCAGAUCACACUCAAGAUCGCUGAUUUUGGGUUUGCAAGAUUCUUACAAGAUGGAGUAAUGGCAGCCACACUCUGUGGGUCCCCUAUGUACAUGGCUCCUGAAGUCAUUAUGUCUCUGCAGUACGAUGCCAAAGCUGACCUUUGGUCACUCGGAACAAUAGUAUUCCAGUGCCUGACCGGAAAGGCACCAUUUCAAGCCCAGACGCCACAGGCUCUAAAACAGUUCUAUGAAAAGAAUGCAAAUUUAGCUCCAAGAAUACCUUCUGGUACAUCACCAGAGUUAGUAGAUCUCCUGAUGGGAUUGCUGAAGAGAAAUGCCAAAGACAGGAUGGAGUUUGAAACCUUCUUCAAUCAUCCCUUCAUCCGCAUGGUAGAUUCUUCAGCACAGAAACCUUCCGUAGCAACUGGCUCUCCGUCUGUGCCUGUACGUUCGCCCUCACCUGCCCCCGCAACUACGCCCAAGCCCGUCAGUCGUGGAGGGGCAUAUGCCCAUCAUACACAACCUUCCCCCAGUCCUCCAGUUGGUAACCUUCCACCAUCUCCUGAGGAACUUCGUAUGAGUGUUGAUCAACGUAGUGCCGGCGACUUACCCCCAGCCUCCCCUGCUAGUGCCACCACCACUCUUCCCAGACCUACCCCAGUGCCCAGAGCAAACAAUGCUCCAGCCCCAGAAGAGGCUGAGGACUUUGUGAUGGUGCCAGCUCAACUGCCAAGUGAGCCUGAACCUUCUAGAGGUGCACAAGGGUGGGGUGGUCGUGCGUUAACCAAGGCUGGAGGAGGUAUUAUGUACCAGAAAAACCAACCCCAGUAUGGCCCCCUAACUCCCCAGGUGCCCACAUCACCCCGGCCCUCACACCUCCCAGUGCAAGGUGGAAGCAGUGGCAGCACACACUCCAGCAGCAGUAGUGAGUCAUGCCGGUCUGGAGAACCCGUUCCUGUGCCAUCUCAGAGAGCCACCUUCCACCAGAUGACAUCCUCAGGAUCUUCAGACCAAAUAUCUGCCACACUGCAACCUGAAUCUCCCAGACACCAUGGUAUUCCUACCAACAGACCAUCACCACCUCCUCGUUCGCAGCCCAUCAACAUGCGGAGGGUGUCUGAUCAUAGAGCCCCUGAUGUUGCUUCCUUGUCCCCACCAGCUGUCCAGUUCACAAUAGGCACACCCCCUAUGGGUGGGCGCCGGAGAUCCACAUCAGGAAGCUCCUACUCCACUACACCACCCACCAGUGCUGCUGCCACAGGUAACAACCAGGUGGUCCCAGGUGGGCGCCUCACUCCCACCAACUCUCCUUUACGCCAGUCUGGACGACGUACACCUCCCCACUUGCCUCCCCAAAUGUUCUCAGCUCCCCCUGUGCUGCCCCCCAUCCUGGGCUCUCCCACAAAACUAGGGCUUGGUCAGGAUAACCCUGCUGGCGACAUCUGUGGCAACACCACCCUCACUGCCCCGCACCGUGCUAUUACACUUCCUGAAAUGACCUCUGUAUCACGUGACCCCUUUACUGGAGGGUCCCAAGAUAUGAGUGUAGAUGGCAGUGGAUUACAGCGAUCCCGCACAGAGUCGCACCUCCUGGAGUGGCAGGCACAGGCACCCAGUCCACCACAUCCUGGUAGACAGCUGGUUCAGUAUGGUCAGUCUGCACCAGCUUUUCUCUUGCAAGGGACAGCCCAGGCGGAGGGAGAUGACACUGUUGCCUUCUAUGCUCCACCUUUGCACCAGGAAACCCUUAUGGAGCGAGAGCACAAUGAGACACUGGCUAAGCUGAACUUCGUUUUGGCUUUGGUUGAUUGUAUCCUUGAAUUGGCUCGCUCUCGAGCAGCACCUAUUACUGCCUUACGACAGAAUGCAGCUAUGAGAGAUUCUGUUUCAGGUUCACCAAAAGACACAGAAGGUUCAGCAUUAGCAUCACCACCCCCUGAGUGGCAGCGGCGUGCAGAACAGCUUGUGCUGUAUGUCCGGGCUUUGCAGCUGCUCUCCUCAGCGCUCACUCUUGCAAAACAUGAGAAGAGCACAAGUAGACUUCAGCCAUCCAAUGCUGUAAAGAAUGUUGUGGGUGUGCUGAGUGAACGUUUCCGCCAAGCCCUGGGUGUGUGCAAGGAGCUGAAUAGUGCUGGAGCAAUUACUUCAGUAGAUCCAAGAACAUCAACUGUUACUGCUGAUAAACUUAUUUAUAAUUAUGCUAUUGAAAUGUGUCAAAGUGCUGCCUUGGACGAACUGUUUGGGAAACCCGAAGAGUGUUUCCGCCGCUAUCAGACUGCACAAAUCCUUCUCCACGCCUUGGCUCAGCAAGUGGCUCAUGAGUCCGACCGCUCGCUACUGACACGCUACAAACAGGCAGUGGAAAGACGAUUAUUUCUCCUUCACGAACAAGGUGUAGUUCAUGCGUACACUACAAAUGAAGCGUAGGCACAGGAGAAAGGCUAAGAGAAGUAGUGUGCGUAUGCCCUAAUUAAUUAUUAAGAAACGGUUAAUUUCUUUU